AAAAGGAGAAACGAUCCGGACUGCGCAGUCGUCACACGUCGGAGAAGUAACUCCCUAAUCGGAACCCGAAACUCAUAUUCAUUGACUUCGACUUCCGGCAAAAACAAAAACUCGCCUUCCUCAAUUUCCUUUCACGCGUUGGAUUCGAUGGCGGACUACACAGUCCACGAAUCCAACGACCCAGAAAAACAGGGGAAGCCAGAAUUUGUUCAUCCCGUUGAAGACGACGAACAGCUGCGGAAGCUGCUGGUUCCCGACCCGGGAAAUCCUCGCCGCCAGUCCUCCUUCCGCCGUCGAAACCAACUUCGCCUCCUAUUUCGCUCCAGAUUUUGUGAAGCCAGGGCACGACCAGUACGUUUACAGACAUGCCAAUGGGUAACCCAUGAUUUCUCUCAAUGUAUACAGUGUUGUGUGAAAGGUUCAUGGUUGGACGUGAAUGAGAGGCUCAUCAAGCAGCCUGGUUUGGUCAAUACCUCGGCGGAUAGAGAGGGAUAUGUUGCCAUCAUCAUGCCAAGGCCAGCAGACUGGUUAAAGGUCUAGGCUUCGUUGUUGAGUCGCGAAGAGUAUGCAAAGCUGAGAGAAAAAGGGUGCUGAACUGAUUGAUGGAAUCUCUCCAGAUUCGAUGAAAUAUCAAAGUCAAACCACUCGCAUUUGGGUUCAGCUUGCUGCUGUUAUUGCAGCUCAGGUUUGUUCUACAGGGUUUGGAGUUUGGACCCUGGAAAAUGUGCAGACUCAAAUGCUGUUUCACCACUUGCUUUUCGGGGUCAAGUGGUUUCCAAGUAGCAAGAAGGAAGCUCACCACAUUGCUGUUGUGUUAGCCUGUAGCAAAUUGAAAUUUAUGUUAGGGAUUGAGUUUUGCGGAUUUCUUGAGAAGUUGAAAUGAAAUGA